AUGACAUUUGUGAAGAACGAGCUAAAGAUGUUCAAGAGGAUUCUUAGUGCAGAACUCCCAGAAGGCUUUGAGAGUCAGAUUCAGGAUGAGGAAGUGGUGGACCCUGAAGAUGAGAAGCAGGAGAGCAGACCUGGCCAGCAGAAUCAAACAAAGUCCAGUGUCUUUUCUUCACUGUUCAGAGAGAAGCCUAAAGUUACUGAAGUUACUUUCUACAAGAGUGCUGUGGAUAAAGCCUUACGAAGUGAGGCAGGAAACCUGGACCUUUUCCUCCGCUUCCUUCUGGGCCUCUCACUGGAGUCCAAUCAGAAGCACUUACGAGGUCUACUGACAAAGACCAGAAGCAGCUCACAGAGCCAUGAAGACACAGUCGAGUACAUCAAGGAGAAGAUCAGGGAGAAUCCCUCUCCAGAGAGGAGCAUCAAUCUGUUCCACUGUCUGAAUGAACUGAAUGACCAUUCUCUAGUAGAGGAGAUCCAAAGAUACCUGAGAUCAGGAAGUCUCUCAAAACCCAACCUGUCACCUGCACAGUGGUCAGCUCUGGUCUUUGUGUUGCUGACUUCAGAAAAGGAGCUGGAUGUGUUUGACCUGAAGAAAUUCUCCAGAUCAGAGGAAGGUCUUCUGAGGCUGCUGCCAGUGGUCAAAGCCUCCAGAGCUGUUCUGCUGUCAGGCUGUGGAGUCACAGAGGAAGGCUGUGCUUCUCUGGUCUCAGCUCUGAGGUCAAACCCCUCACACCUGAGAGAGCUGGAUCUGAGUAACAAUGACCUGAAGGAUUCAGGAGUGAAGCUGCUCUCUGCUGGACUGGGGAAUCCCCACUGUAAACUGGAGACUCUGAGACUCACUGGCUGUAAACUCACAGACACAUCCUGUGAAGUGUUGGCCUCAGCUCUCAGUUCAAACCCCUCACACCUGAGAGAGCUGGAUCUGAGUAACAAUGACCUGAAGGAUUCAGGAGUGAAGCUGCUCUCUGCUGGACUGGGGAAUCCCCACUGUAAACUGGAGACUCUGAGGCUGUCAGGCUGUCUAGUCACAGAGGAAGGCUGUGCUUCUCUGGUCUCAGCUCUGAGGUCAAACCCCUCACACCUGAGAGAGCUGGACCUGAGCUACAAUCACCCAGGAGACUCAGGAGUCAGACUGCUCUCUGCUGGACUGGAGGAUCCACACUGCAGACUGGAGAAACUCAAUGUGGAACAUGGUGGAGAGAACAGAAUGAAACCUGGGCUUAGAAAAUAUGUCUGUGAUCUCACACUGGACCUAAACACAGUAAACAGACUCCUCUCUCUGUCUGAGGGGAACAGAAAGGUGACAUGGAGGAGAGAGAAGCAGCCGUAUCCUGAUCACCCAGAGAGAUUUGAGGACUGUGGACAGGUGCUGUGUAGAGAGGGUCUGACUGGGCGCUGUUACUGGGAGGUAGAGUGGAGGGGAGGGGCUGUUAUAGGAGUGACAUAUAAAGGAAUCAGCAGGAGAGGAUGGGGUCUUGACUGUUGGCUUGGAUACAAUGACAAGUCCUGGAGUCUGUUCUGCUCAGACAACAGUUACAUUGCCUGGCACAAUAAUAAUGUCACUACCAUAGACGUCCCCUCCUCCAGCUCCCACAGAGUAGGAGUGUAUCUGGACUGGCCAGCCGGCACUCUGUCCUUCUAUAGAGCCUCCUCUGACACACUGACCCACCUGUACACAUUCACCUCCACAUUCACUGAGCCCCUCUAUCCAGGGAUUGGGGUUCAUGAUGUUGACUCUUCAGUGUCCCUGAAAUAAUAACCCACACACACACACACACACUGAGACACACAGACACACACACAUACACACUGAGACACACACACACGUACUGGACAAACACACA